AUGUCACACGCUACACCACCUUGGACUGUGGCACCGGAUUCCACCCAGCCCUCCUAUCCGUCUCUGUUCCAGAUCGGUGCAGAAUUCCCACGAUUUGUGGUCACCUAUCGCUGGUGGGAGGAUGAGGCUACUACUGUCCUGUGGGCGUUUAACAUCCCCGAGAUCCGUCAAGUGAUCCGCUAUGGACUGUUUCGAGAUGAGAACUUUCCACGGAAUUCACUUUUGAGUCGGAACGCAGAUACAAUCGACGCGUUUCUCGUGGCGCUGUCGGACCCACGUGAGCAUCAACUUUUGGGCAGUCUUUCUCAUGUGCAAAGAGUUGAAGAGAUACUGCGCCGUUCGAGGAUUGAGCCAUUCCAGCCAGUGCCUUGGAUGUGGUUCCCACCGCAGCCAGGCCAUGGUCUAAAGUCUAGAGAAAUUGCCGAUGCAAUCGAGGCAGAAAGCCAUCACCAAUUUCGCAAAAUCUCAUUCGAAGAGAUUGUUCGUGCCUCUCUUGGGUAUAAUGCGGUCUCGGUCGAAUGGUUUCUGCUACAACAUACCGUGCUAUACAUUUAUCUUUUUAACCAUCUUCAAAUUUAUCCAGAGGAAAUCUCUAUCUAUAUAGAAGCGGAGAAGCAUCUAAGGACUCAAAGUCCCUUCGCCCAUCGAGCAUUAAUGCACUGCAUUCGUGCCAUACAGCCUGAUGCAGCCCACGAUAGGCCCCAGACAUUUAGUUCAGGCUUUGAAUUCAUAGCAGGCCCCGUGCAAAUGCUAUUCAGAGACCAACCACCAAGCCUGACGACCAUCCUCAAGAUCUUUAGUGUCCUAGCGUUUCGAUUUCGACGUCAAUAUAUUCAUACCGGCAAAAUGGAGUGGCAUGUGCCGUUAGAUACCUCCAUUCUAUUCUUGGAGGACUGUUUGAAUUCGACAUCACCCAAGGACUUGGCUCGUACGAUGACAGGAACCGAUGAACUCGACUUCUCCGAAUUAUCCCAACAGAGCAUUCUUGCAAACGACACUUUCGUGCAAGGGCUUUUGACCAAUUGGCAUGGUCUUAGUAUUGCGGUGUGGGAAUGCUGCGCGGCAUUACCAGAUAUUGUCCCAUUCCUACGAGAGUGCGCACAAGCUCUCCUUGAUGCUAAAAAUUAUCAUUCGCUGACGGCUCUCGCCCUGGGUCUACAUCGAUACAACACUGCUACGGCACGAUCCCGGGGCUUGAAUAGCACCGUUGGUGGAAUGGUCGUGUUGGAUCCUCUUCUCCCACCUGAAGUGGUCAUCAUAACCAAUCCUGCUGAAAAUUACGCGUCCUAUCGGCAACAAUACUGUGAACAUCCCGGAAUUCCAUUUCUCAUACCCCAUCUUCGUGGUUACCAGCAACAUGGGGAAUCCGCCAUCCAACCCUUGCUCCAAUAUCUGCAACAUCAAAUGUCGGCCAAGACAUGA